AUGUCAGGAGAAACUAUGAAAGUUCGUCAUAGGGUUUCAAAUGAAAUAUUUUUGAUGAAAAAUGUAGAUAGGGAAUCAUAUUGGGCAGAGGCAUUUUUAUGCGAACUUGAACAUCUACAAUUACUUAAAAAUCAUUCGAAUAUUAUUCGUUUAAUAGAAGCAUUUAACUUUGGAAGAUUAUCAUAUAUGGUUGUUGAACAUUUUCCGUCAAAUUUAUGGGAAUUUAUACUUAAAAAUGAAAUCCCGAAAUCUUACGUUCAAUCGUUUACUUACCAAAUCUGUCGAGGUGUUUCGCAUUGUCAUGAAAAGAGUAUCAUGCUUCGAAAUAUAAUGCCAUCAAAUAUUUUUGUCACGAGCAAUUUAUGGAUUAAAAUAGGCGAUUUAAGCUUGAGCAAAACAGCUAAAAAUUCGCGAGUGUUUUCUUCCAUUAAAGUUGGUGCACUGGAAUAUAGGGCUCCAGAACUUUUAUUUGCCGAAAUAAUCGGAAAGCACUAUUGUAAUUAUACUAUGGCUAUCGAUGUAUGGUCCGUCGGAGUAUCUUUUCUCACUAUAGCUACCAGAAAACUUUCUUUAAGAGGAAGCGAUGCUAAAACGAUGUUUAAUUGUAUAAUCGAAGCUUUGGGAACACCAACAUCUAGGGAAUGGCAAAGUAUGGAUCCAAACUAUACAGAACAUCGCAAAGAAAUAGAAGAAAUUGCACCAGAAAUUCGUCGUUCAGGUCUUUGGAAAGCAUUGUGUUCAUAUUUGGAAUGUGAAGAAAUCUACUUUGCUAAGGAAUUUUUACGAUACAAUCCAAAGCUACGAAUAUCGAUAUUUGCUACAUUAAACCACAAAUAUUUCGAUGAAAAUAAUUUCAAUAAAUUAGCGUUACCAACUGGACAAUGGGAUGGUACUAAAGCGGUAUUUAUUAACUAA